AGAAUUACCCCAAUGCAUGGUGAUAUAUAGAAUGAGCCACAUAUUGUGGUCCAAAGGUCAAUUGUAUGCUAUAAUGGCUCUCUAUAUUCAAACUGUCAUAAAACUCCCUCCAUAUUAUAGUUUGGAACAGACCCAAAUGAGAUAGAGAUGAGAACAACCAGGUUGUACAGAAAUUCACAAGAAUUUACAUAUCUCAUCCAACAACAAACUCAAAACAAACAUCAAUAUCCAAAACUCAUCAAACAAAGCUCUAAUUUUUGCCCCACAAAAAGCUUACCAAGUUCAUCAAAUUGGUCUUAUCAUAUAAGAAAUUGCAUCUCUCAUGGGGCACACAGUGAAGCCCUUUCAAUCUAUACCCAUAUUCGCCGUACCGGAAUUUAUCUUCUGGGUGUAGUUCCGUUGCUUUUCAAAGCCUGUGCUUCGAUUUCCAUGCUUAACCAUGGGAAGGCUUUGCAAGCUGAAUCAAUCAAGAUGGGGGUUGACUCUGAUGUAAUGGUGGGAACUUCUUUGGUUGAUAUGUAUGGUAAAUGUGGUUUGCUUUUUGAUGCUCAGAAUGUGUUUGAUUAUAUGCCUGAGAGAAAUGUUGUGACAUGGAAUGCUAUGAUAGGAGGGUAUAUGAGGAAUGGUGAUUUGGGUGCCGCGUCAUUUUUGUUUGAGAAGAUGUCGACACGAUCUGCAAUAACAUGGAUUGAAAUGAUUGAUGGGUUUGCUAGUAAUGGGGUGACUCUGACUGCAAGGCAAUUGUUUGAUCAGGUUCCAUUGGAGUUGAGAAAUGUGGUGACUUGGACUGUGAUGGUUGAUGGGUAUGCCAGCAAUGGAGAAAUGGAGGCUGCAAAGGAAAUUUUUGAGGCGAUGCCAAUACGGAAUUACUUUGUUUGGUCCUCUAUGAUUUCUGGGUAUUGCAAGAAAGGUGAUGUUCAGGCAGCUAAGGCCAUUUUCGAUAGAAUUCCCAAGCGGAAUUUGGUGAAUUGGAAUUCAUUGAUUUCUGGGCUUGCUCAAAAUGGUUUUUGUGAGGAAGCUCUGGAUUUUUUCACAAAGAUGCAAACUGAGGGGUUUGAGCCAGACGAAAUUACAGUGGUGAGUGUUUUAUCUGCCUGUGCACAGCUUGGGUUGCCUGAUUCCGGGAAAGAAAUCCACCAAAUGAUCAUUCACAAGGGAAUUAAACUUAACCAGUUCAUUCUAAAUGGGUUGGUUGACAUGUAUGCGAAAUGUGGCGAUUUAACUAAUGCAAGAUUAAUUUUUGAAAGGAUGUCCAAGAGGAAUGAUGCAUGUUGGAAUGCAAUGAUCUCAGGUUUCGCUAUUCAUGGACAAUGCAAGGAAGCUCUUGAGUUCUUCGGCAGAAUGGAGGCCUCGAGUGAGAAGCCCAAUGUCAUAACGUUUCUAUCAGUUCUAUCGGCUUGUGGACAUGGGGGAUUUGUGGAGGAAGGUUUAGAAAUUUUCUUGAAAAUGGAGAAAUAUGGCUUAAUUGCCACCAUUCAACAUUACGGAUGCCUAAUUGAUCUUCUGGGAAGGGCAGGGCGAGUAAAAGAGGCUUAUGAUUUGAUAAAGACAAUGCCAAUGAAACCAAACGACACAAUUUGGGGAGCUCUACUUGGAGCAUGCCGAAUUCACUCAGACUUGGAUAUGGCAGAUCGGGUACUGAAGGAGGUUGGCAGAGAUUCUGAACCCUGCUUCAGCAAUGAUUCACAUUACGUGAUACUGUCAAAUAUUUAUGCAGCUUCGGAUAGCUGGGAGAGAGCUGAAACAAUGAGGACUGUCAUGUUAGAUAAAGGAUUUCAAAAGACACCCGCUCGUAGUUCAUUUGUGGUCAACAAGAAGGAGAUGAGCUUUUGUGCAACUACUUGAUGACAAGCCUGCCUGCUGUUGGAAUGUAAUUGCUUCUCGUAAAAUCUGGCAAAAGGACUUGUGCAGUCUAGAAGUGCGUAAAUUAUUUUUGAUCACAUAAGAAAAAGAGAUUGCUCUAGCAUUCACAUCAUUUACCAAUUCAAUGAAAUCAGGGCGUUUAUCCCAUCUGAACCAUAAUGUCCUGUAUGGUAGUGUUUGAAAUUGCUUCAACAAUUCUCAAAUGAAGCAAUUGCAAAAGGGUUUGUACUCAAAAAGGUUGGUCAUGAACGAAACUGGAAUGAUGGCUUUCUGUGUAUUAUUAUAGUUUUCAGGAAAUUUUAAUCAAAAUCUCAAA